GUCACGGGUUAUAAAGUCCACGCAGCCGGGGGAACUCAGACGCCCCAGAUCCGAGAUGGGGGCGAUGGCUCCGCGCGCGCUGCUCCUGCUGCUGGCGGCCGCCCUGGCCCCGACCCGGACCCGCGCGGGCUCGCACUCCAUGCGGUAUUUCCACACCAUCGUGUCCCGGCCCGGCCUCGGGGAGCCCCGGUACAUGGAAGUCGGCUACGUGGACGACACGCAGUUCGUGCGCUUCGACAGCGACGCGGAGACUCCGAGGAUGGAGCCGCGGACGCCGUGGGUGGAGCGGGAGGGGCCGGAGUAUUGGGAGGAGAACACACGGAGAGCCAAGAUCACCGAGCAGACUUUCCGAGGGAACCUGAGGACCGCGCUGGGCUACUACAACCAGAGCGAGGGCGGCUCUCACACUUUCCAGUAUAUGUCCGGCUGUGACGUGGGGUCGGACGGGCGCCUCCUCCGCGGGUACAGUCAGUAUGCCUACGACGGCCGCGAUUACAUUGCCCUGAACGACGACCUGACGACGUGGACGGCGGCGGACACGGCGGCGCAGAUCACCCGGCGCAAGUGGGAGCAGGGUGGUGAUGCAGAGAGACACAGGGCCUACCUGGAGGGCGAGUGCAUGGAGUGGCUGCGCAGACACCUGGAGAUCGGGAAGGACGCGCUGCAGCGCACAGAUCCCCCAAAGGCACAUGUGACCCAUCAUCCUGGCCCUGAAGGGAAAGUCACCCUGAGGUGCUGGGCCCUGGGCUUCUACCCUGCCCUCAUCACCCUGGUCUGGCAGAGGGAGGAGGAGGAACAGACUCAGGACAUGGAGCUGGUAGAGACCAGACCUUCUGGGGAUGGAACCUUCCAGAAGUGGGCAGCUGUGGUGGUGCCUUCUGGGGAGGAGAAGAAUUACACAUGCCAUGUGUACCAUGAGGGACUGCCUGAGCCCCUCACCCUGAGAUGGGAGCCUCCUCAGUCCACUGUCACCAUCAUGGCAACCAUUGCUGUUCUGGUUUUCCUUGGAGCUGUGGCCAUCAUUGGAGCUGUGGUGGCUGUUGUGAGGAAGAGGAGGAGAAUCACAGGUAGAAAAGGAGGGAACUAUACUCCGGCUUCAGGCAGGGACAGUGCCCAGAGCUCUGAUGUGUCUCUCCCAGACUGUACAGCAUGAAGACAGCUGCCCGGCCUGACAGAGUGACAGAGAUGUGCUCAGGUCUCUCCUGUGACGUCCUGAGCUCCUCAGUUCACUCUCAGCAACAGUGUCUGAUGUUCCCUGUGACUCUAUGGGCUCAAUGUGAAGAACUGGGG